AAACCAAUAACAGAACCGAACGAAACGCUAACACAAUAACAGCUAUUGUGAAAAUGGGGUUGUUGUGCACCUGUGUAAGUGAACAAUGUAGGUUUGUUGGUUGCAUUUACAUUUCCAUGGUGUAGGUUUCGGCUGCGAGCAUAACAGUCAAAAUCAAGUAGAGAAUUGGUCUUUGUCGUGUGCGUUUGCAAGUGGCACAGUUUUUAAGACAUUUUAUUCAUCAGUUAAUUUUUAUACUCAAAAUUAAAAUUGUUCGCUUCGCUGUAUGUUCUUUUCUACAAAUAAAAAAAAAAAAAACGGUGUAAUAAGUGCAAUUGCAUGUGUGCUUCGUAUUGUUUGAUACUAAAUCCAUCGAAAAAAAUGGAAAUUGUUGAAAACGCAAUGAUUUGAUUUUACUAAGCACAUUGACCGAAUGUUAAACAAUCGUAAAAUUUCAAGUGUUUCAAUUCCAAUAAGUUUUGAAUGAAUAACGACAAAUAAAGCUGCAUAUAAAAUACAGUGUAUUAAUCUUGUAUUAUGAAAGUGUGAUAUACUUUUUAUUAUUGUAUCUGUAUAUCGUGUUAUAUAGCUGUAUAAUACAUUAAGCAAAAAAAAAAACUUACAUAAGACCAUUCCUCGUAGAUUGCUUGAAUUUAAUGUAUAUCCUGUAAGUGAAAUUUGAAAAACAAAAAAAAAUGGAUGAAAAUCACGCUAAAGUUCAUAACAAAGUAAAACAUCAACAAGGCGUUGCAUCGUUACAUGAAAAUUUAACGGAAGCAACGUCACCCACAAAAACAACAACAACAACACCAGCACCAACCACAUCUAUUGUGAUUGUGCAAGCCCAAUCAAAUGAUGACGAAAGACCAGAAUCGCCUACGUCAUCACGUAAUGUAAAUAGCAAAAAUGUACAAAUGUCUGGUGUAUCAAAUACAGAAGCGUGUGAAAAGAGCUCAUCUUCCAAAGAAAAUGUUGAGAAUGUAAUUAGAAACGAAAAUGCCGACGAUAAAUUGGCACUAUUUCAUAAAUCAUCAGCGGCAAAUGUUGCGAAAUAUUCGCCAAAAUUGUCACCGCACAAACUCCAAGCAAAAUCAAUGUCUGAUCCACCGACAAGUCCGGCACAGCGUUCAGUACGAAGUAGGUCGAGCAAUGAAAAAAGUCCACGACAAAAACGAAGUAAGUCCGAAUCAAGGCGUCGACGUGAACGAAAAUUAAUUGCGGCUGGUGAGAUGGAAGUGAGACAAGCAAACGAAACCCUAAUGCGGUAUUUAAAACAAUGUUCCGAAGUAAAUGACGCUUCUUUAUCGGGUGAAUUAGAAAUUGAUAAGAAUUUGGAUGAUCGAUACCAUCGCAAAAUCCAAUCACAAAGAGAACGUAAUAAUGGGCAUCGUUCAAGCGAUGCUAGCAUUGGAAUAACAGGGGGCGGAGGGAAAAAAAGUCUAAGCACAUUUACAAUGCGAGCAGCAUCAUUUGCACGAGAACGUAUACCAUCGAGUGGCCUAUCGAACAUUUUACAAGAGUUGACUGCUGAUAUCAUUCCAAAUCACGAUGAAAUCUAUAAUCCAUUUACGCCCGUCGUUUCGCCCACCGAAGGACCACGUACUGAUAAAAUGUUCAUUCAAACACCACGAGGUUUUCGUUCUGCUUCGGAUAACAAUUUUUUGAAAUCAUCAGCAAACGUUGACUCAGAAUGUGGCCGACCUCUAAUAACAAACGAUGCGGCCAGUUUAUCUUGUUUCGUACAGCGAAUAUGGAUUCUAUUAGCAAAUAUAUCUCAUGGCUUAUUGGCCGGUCUGGCACUUGCCCACAUUCUAUUCAUUGGAACAACAACACCAAAAGAUUUGCUCAGCGGUUCCAUCAAAUCAUAUCUAUCAUCAACCGAAAUUUACACAAAUACAUUCUAUUGCUUGGCUAUUCUCUGUUUAGUAUCCGUUUGGGAUCGAAUGGACAUUUGCCGAUGCACAGUCUUAAGUGCUAACGAAUCAAUAUCGUUCCGAUGGAUUAUUGUCGUAAUGAUUUAUAUGGCUACAAUAAUAUUAUGUUUAUCAUCUGAAUCAUUUGAUAAACGAUUUUAUGUAUUAUCGAAUGAAAAUACAAACAACACUUCAACCUCUACAAUGGAUAUGCAGGUACAUAAUCAAAUAGUAAAUAUAUGGAGUUCAUUGUCCUUAGCCAGAAGUAUAGGUGCUAUAAUUGGAUGGCUAAUCAUUGGUUUAAAAGAACCAAUGGAAGAUCAACUCUACAACCAACUGGUUGAAAUGGAAGGAUAUAAAGUGAGCAAUAAUUAAUGUAGAAACAAAGCAUCCAACAUAAUAAAAGCGUUAUAUAUAUAGUAUAUCAUACAAAUAAACUGUUUAGAAAAUGGCAAUAAUAAAAUUAUCAAUGCAUAAAUAUCCAUAA